AUGAGAUACUUCUCUAGUUCUCUCACAAAAAACGCCUUUACAUGGUUUACAACAUUCCCUGUCCAUUCCAUCAAUAAUUGGACUCGAUUGGAAAGGUUGUUCCAUGAACAGUUCUAUAUAGGGCAAUCCAAAAUUAGUCUGAAAAAGUUGUCGAGUGUGAAGAAAAAGCUCAUUGAGCCAAUCAAUUACUACCUAAAUCGAUUUCAAUUAUUAAAAUCGCGAUGUUUUACUCAAGUACCUGAGAACGAGUUAGUGAAAAUGGUCGAUGGAUUAGAUUACUCUAUUAGGAAGAAAUUAGAUACACAAUAUAUGGGAGAUCUGGCUCAAUUGGCCGAUAGACUUCGACAGAUCGAAAGACUAAAGGCUGAGAAAGCCAAAAUAGACAAAGGUAAGAAGGAACACAUAGCCUUUAUCGACAUGGGGGACAAUGACUUGGCGUCAAAUGUCGAAUACAACCAUAUCGAAGAAAUUGAGGUCGAUGUGGCUGAAUUAAAGCCAGGACCCCCGUAUGUGUGUAAGUUACUUACGCCUACAAAUAGGAAGAAUCCUUCCAAACCUAAGAAGAAUGAUAAGUUCCCUAAGAAAACUUACACCUUCGACGUGACCAAGUGUGAUGAGAUUUUUGACUUAUUGGUCGUAGAUGGUCAAGUACUAGUGUCAUCGCGCGCGAAAGUACCACCAUUAUAA